UCGAGGGACGAGCCGCCACUGCUACUAACAGCUGAUUUGACAUAAUGACAUAUCUAAUCUGCUAUUUUUUAUUUUAACACUUUCCGACUAUCAUUUAGUACAAAAACUUGCCAAUCAGCAUGUUCCUCAAAGUCUUAAUUAAAAACUGCUCAUUAAUUUAUUACCAACGUCAACGCGACUUAUCAAAGUUAAGGCGUUAUGGCCCGGUUUUUAUCGGAGGCUUCGCCCUAUUCUCUUCCCACAAAGUAAAAAUAGACACUAGCACGUUCAUGGCAUCGCCUAUAACCCCCUUGUCGCAACUGGAGCAAGCCCCCGAUGACAUGAAGACCCGUAUGGAGCUGAUGGUGCUCCGGGUCCAGGCGGAGGCUUGCCGAGCUCUGGAGGAGGAAGACAAUUGUAACAAGUUCCUAGUGGAUAAGUGGGAGCGCCACGACGGCCGCGGCGGUGGUAUCACUUGUGUGCUCCAAGAAGGCAAAGUUUUUGAGAAAGCUGGAGUCAACAUUUCCGUUAUUUCCGGAAAUUUGACUCCAGGGAUUGUGGCACAAAUGCGUGCAAGGGGGAAGAAAUUGAAACGGGAUAGUCCCCCGUUUGCCGUUAUAGGGAUCAGUGCUGUGAUUCACCCCAAAAAUCCGAUGGUGCCAACUGUUCAUUUCAAUUACCGGUAUUUUGAAAUCCAGGAUGAGGAUCAGGUUGUGUGGUGGUUUGGGGGCGGGAGUGACCUCACUCCCUACUAUUUGAAUAAGGCUGAUGCUAUACAUUUCCAUUCGGCGCUCAAGGAUGCUUGUGAUAAACAUGACAAAAGUUAUUAUCCUAAGUUUAAGAAGUGGUGCGAUGAGUAUUUCACGAUUAAACAUCGCAAGGAGAGGAGGGGCAUUGGGGGGAUAUUUUUCGAUGAUUUGGAUACUCCCGAUCGGGAGUCCUGUUUCAAAUUUGCCACGGAUUGUGCAGACGCGUUCAUUCCCUCCUACAUUCCUUUGGUGCAAAGGCAUAAACACGCCAUGUACACCGAGACUGAAAGAAACUGGCAAUUAUUGAGACGGGGACGUUACGUUGAGUUUAACUUGGUUUGGGAUAGAGGUACUAAGUUCGGAUUUAAUACACCUGAUGCUAGGUUUGAAAGUAUUUUAAUGUCAUUGCCUCUCUUGGCGAGAUGGGAAUACAUGCACCAACCAGCUCCCGAAUCACCUGAAGGAGAGCUACUUGAGGUUUUAAAAAAUCCCAGAGACUGGAUUGAAGAGUGUUCUUGCACAGACCACCAGAAAAAAUGAUUGUUUUUUUAAAUAAUUUUGAUAAAUAAAUAAUAAAAAUUAA